GGCGCUGUUGCAACCGGCAACCGCCGCCGCCGCUUGCCCCACCGCGUCGCCCCCCACCCACAUUCGUUCGACGUACCCGGCACCACAUUCUUUCUUUAUUUUUUUUACGCAUCCACACUGUAUAUUAUACACGCGCUCCUUCUCCGUUGCACCGCCCGUCUUUUUUCUCGCCGGUGUCUCGCUCCCGCACGCGGCCCAUCUCACCGUCUGUCCCUCUCGCUUGCCGCUCGGCUGCUCGUUCGGUCUUCCUGGUCUCCGCCGCCGCCGCGGACGUCCCUUUUUGCACGCGGGCAACAGGUUAAAACGUGCACAGACUCGCGCACAGCAGCGGACGCGCUGCUUACAUGGUUUCCAGACAACCGCCGCUGUCGUUAUACGCGACCGUCAGAAAAAUGUCGACGUUCGCCGGUCACGUGGACAGACACAGAGGCGUCGUCGUCAAAUCCACCAUAGCCGCCACGGAACAAGAGAAACCGGCGGAAUUCGGUCCCAAGCUUGCGAGAUCUCUAAUUAAAUGGUCGGCGGAUGAACAGGUGCACUUGGUGUGGUUCCGGAUAGCUCGUCAACAUGCGCAUUGGAUUUCUGAAUUGGCUAAAAACAAUUUCCUGUUUCACAGAACAUCACCGGACGGUAACGAACUGUGGAUGUACAAACGUUUAAGGGGUGAAAGCACAUCUACAGUAGACUCCCCUCAUACGUAUACCGGGGCAGGAGGUCUAGUGAUACGCGAUGAUCAUUUGUUAGUCGUCAAAGAGCAUAGCAUUCCAUUUUGGAAAUUGCCCGGAGGUUAUGUAAAUCCUGGAGAAAACAUCGGUGACGCUGCCAUUAGAGAAGUAUUUGAAGAGACGGGCAUCAGAGCUGAAUUCGUAUCUUUAGUGGCGUUCAGGCACGUUUUAAGUGGCAGUUUCGAUUGCGCUGAUAUGUAUUUCGUCACAAAGUUGCGACCGUUAACUUUCGACAUUGUGAUUGAUAAAGAGAUAUCAGAAGCUAAAUGGAUGAAGUGCGAAGACUUUAUGACGAGUCCAGAUGUUGGUGAACACAGCCGUUUUUUCGUCAAAACGUUUUUAGAAAAUUCUAAAAACGGCAUCACGAUGAAAGCUAGUAAGGCGAUUCAUCAACUGACCAAUAAAGAAUUUAUCAGCUACACACCAUCGUUCAGUGYACCAAUAGACUCUAGUGCAGAUAGCUAAACGCCAUUAGUGGAAACAAUUAUUUUCAAUACGUUAAUUGUUAUUAGGUGUAUGUGUAUCUUCAUUACACGCCUAUGUUAUUAUUGUUUGUGUAGGGUUAUAAUACAUAUGUAUACU